AUGCCCCUGAUACUAGAGUCCUACGACUCUCUGCCCUACAUCGACACAGAGAUCUCUGCCGCAGCCCGCGAGAAAGCUGAUAGAGAAUUGCGGCGGGAACUAAAGUCCGUCGACACAGCUGCUCAACAUCCUCUGUUGCCUGCGCAGCGCCAGCCUCAGUUUUCCGAGCUGGUAACCAAAGAACUUGAGAGGCUUGCGGCCGGGCAGCCACGCGAAGGUGGCAUAGACCUGUCCAGGUACCAAGAGUUGGAUGAGCCGUCAGAGGACAAUGAUGCUGCUGCAUGGCGAGAAGCUCUGCGUGCUGCAUACACCUCAAGCACUCUGCUCAAAGGCCGCCAUACCAAUUUGACACUUUUGGAGGAACUGGGCAAGAAUGCGUGGCUCAUGGGCAACUCGCAGCUUGACCAGAUACUCAAGGCACUCGACCAGGAGCUCUCUGCGACGAAAGAGGAAGUCGACAGCGUAAAUCGAGAAAGGAAGUCCGCUCAAGAGGCCUCGAAAGGGGAGUUGGACGCCUUGGAGGAUACCUGGAAGAAAGGUAUUGGACGUCUGAUCGAAGUCCAGCUGGCUGCAGACCAACUACGGACCGAUUUGCGUGGCCGUUGA